AGGAGUAAAUCGCGCAGUGUCGAUCAUGGACUGGCGGCACCAUUCGAUCUGGACUCGCUCCGGUCCAAAGUGGAGGGCAGAUUCGAGAGCAUCGAUCGGUUGUCAAAAGAUGGCGAGAAGAAACGAUCGAUGCCGACGAUACCGACCAUAUCCUAUACCGUAGGCGAUCGGGACACCCUAACUUCGGUGGCAGCUCGUUUCGAUACGACCCCGUCCGAGUUGACACAGCUUAAUCGGUUGGCCUCGUCGUUCAUUUACUCGGGGCAGCAGCUGCUCGUUCCGGAUAAGAAUGCUGCUUCGGCUGCCGGAGCCGACGGGGAUGCUUCCGAUGCAUCCAGCUCCGAGGGCCAUCAGCAUCAUCAUUCGACCAGCAGCUCAUCGCACAGUCCCACCAUUGGCGGCGGCGGCGGCGGAAGCCGGAAGGCGGCAGGAUCGCACGAGAACGUCUCCCAGGACGAGAAGG